UCCUCCCUCAGUUAAGGCAGCGUAGCGAGAGUGAAAAGAGUAUGUAGGCUACUUUGGCUACUUACCUGUCGGGAUACUGAGUAGCAUUACCAUAUGAACAUUUUGGAGUAGAUUCAUUCACUAUCAGCCUUGUAGAGAUUAAAUUCCCGGUCUAGUCAUGGAUCUAAACGAGGGGUCGUGGAGGGAAGAAUGGGGUUUAAAUUUUUCUCUUCCCAACAGCUUCUGAUUUUCAGCGCUACCCCAGGGCAGGACUGAGCUGUGUUUUUAAACACACCUGACUGCGGUGAAAACUAGUAUUUCUCCGGUGUUUUUUUUUUCUUCUUCACAGUAGACGUGUUUAAUUGCUCGUUUGGUUUUUCCUAUACAUACUUUUUGGGAAGAUUUGGCUCCCCUGGGCAGCGGAGGCGGCUGGCGGAGUCAGGUCUGACCACCGGAGCUGGUCCUGAAAAAUGGAGGCUGUUAUCGAGAAGGAAUGCAGCGCUCUUGGAGGACUCUUCCAGACAGUCAUUGGAGACAUGAAAAGCAGCUGCCCUAUCUGGGAAGAUUUUAUCAACAAGGCAGGGAAACUGCAGUCCCAGCUCAGGGCGACAGCGAUGGCUGUGACUGUCUUCCUGGAUGCUUUCCAGAAGGUGGCCGACCUGGCUACCAACUCAAGAGGUGGCACCAGAGACAUCGGCUCGGCAUUGACCAAGAUGUGCAUGAGGCAUCGCAGCAUAGAGGCUAAACUCAAACAGUUCUCAAUGUGCUUCCUGGAGGGCUUGAUCAACCCUCUGCAGGAACAGAUGGAGGAUUGGAAAAGAGGUGUCAACACAUUAGACAAAGACCAUGCAAAAGAGUACAAACGAGCUCGACAGGAAAUCAAGAAGAAGUCCUCAGACACGCUAAAACUUCAGAAAAAAGCAAAGAAAGCAGAUAAUCAUGGCCGUGGUGACUUCCAGCCCCAGCUGAACAGUGCGAUGCAGGAUGUGAGUGAUAAAUACAUCCUUCUGGAAGAAACUGAGAAGCAAGCUUUGAGGAAAGCUCUCAUUGAGGAGAGACAAAGAUUCUGCUGUUUUGUGGCUUUGCUGCAGCCCGUAGUGGAUGAAGAGAUUUCCAUGUUGGCAGAGGUUACCCAUCUUCAGACCAUCUCUGAGGACCUCAAGGCCUUGACCUCUGACCCACACAAGCUUCCCCCUGCUAGUGAACAGGUGAUCUCAGACCUGAAAGGCUCAGACUAUGGUUGGUCAUAUCAGACGCCGCCUUCUUCCCCAAGUACUACAAUGUCCAGGAAAUCUAGCAUGUGCAGUAGUCUGAACAGCGUUAACAGUAGUGACUCCAGGAGUUCCAGUGGCUCUCACUCUCACUCUCCUUCCUCGUCUUCUUCUUCCUCUUCCUCUCAUCCCCUCUUUCACCAUCAUCACCCCUGCCAUCGAUACCGCAGCUCCACGUUUCCCCUGCAGACCCCGGUUCGACUUUCUAGCAUCUCUUCCCACGACUCGGGGUUCAUUUCUUCAUCGCAGGACCAAAAUGCAUCGUCCAAAUCAUCUUCACCAAUGCCAGCUGAAACAAAGCCUUGUCCCAGUUUCAGUUCCUCUGAGACACCAGAGAAUGAGCAGCUUCAGGGUGACUGCAGCACUGCCUGCUCUCUCACUGCUACUACUCUUCAGCGUGCCACUCACAAGUUCUCCAAUGGUUUCGACCUCUACACCCCAGCCAGUCCCUCCUACCUGCAUAGCAAUGGGGGGAGUUUGGGUUCAGUUUCAGGCACUGCCUUCCCAUUCUUCCCCCAAUCCUCCCCCUCAGCCUCCACCUCCUGCCCCACUCGUUCCUGGUCACGUCCCGCCUCAGCCUUGCUGCCCGAGUAUCCCAACUACUGCACGUUGGGUUCCCCGAUGGUACCUUCAUCAAAAGUCCCCAGCUGGAAGGACUGGGCAAAGCCAGGGCCUUACGACCAGCCAAUGGUCAACACACUGAGGAGGAGGAGAGACAAGCAAGCUCCAGCUGUGGUGGACAAUAAUGGGAGUAUAAAUGGUGGUAACAGCCCCCCAUCAGGCCAGACAUCGAUCUCAGCCCCUCCUCCUGCUCAGAUACAAACACCAAGCCGGCAGGAAGAGAAGAACACGAUCAUGAAGGCAGAUGAACUUGACUCCCAAAAUGAUCUGACCCUGGCCUUAUCCAUGGGGCUGGAGCUGGAUGCCCAGAAAUCAAGUAGAGACUCCAUCCAGUGCUCCAGCGGCUACAGCACACAGACCAACACACCCUGCUGUUCUGAAGACACCAUACCAUCACAAAGUAUUUCAGAUUAUGACUACUUUUCCAUGGCUGGAGAUCAGGAGCCUGAGCAGCAACGGCAGCCGCCAUCUGACUUUGACAAGUCCUCCACUAUCCCCAGAAACAGUGACAUCGGCCAGUCCUACAGACGCAUGUUCCAGACCAAACGGCCAGCCUCCACAGCCGGCAUGCCCAUUACGCAGCCCCCAUAUCCUGGACAGGGGACCUACCAUGGGGGAGCCUAUGCUUCCACACCAGUCCACACAGGAGCCUAUCCUUCUACUCCCGCUCACCAAUACACUGCUACUUCUACUGGAAAUGGUCCAGUUAUUGUCACCCCUGGAGUUGCCACAAUCCGCCGCACCCCCUCCUCCAAACCCUGCGCACGUCGCUCAGGCUCUGUGGGUGGAGGCCCCAUUCCUAUUCGUACUCCGGUCGUGCCUGUGAAGAUCCCUACAGUGCCUGAUGUGUCAGGAACAGUUAACAGGAGUCCAGAGGAGACUGGAGGAGGAGAGGAAAGCUCGCAUUCCCCGACAUUUGUAAGACCGGAAAAAGCUGGCGCGCUUCCUAUGACGUCCUGGAGUGGUCAGGCCUCCACCAACCCUCCGACGGUUCCCUUGACCAACCAGCUGGUCCAGCACUACCAGCGUGGUGAAGAGGAGGCUGAUGAGCAAGAUGAAGAAAACAUGCUUGUGGCCAUCCGCAAGGGGGUCAAGCUCAAAAGAACCCUCACCAAUGAUCGUUCAGCUCCACGCAUCGCCUGAUGGCAUCGUCCAAUUGGAAGGCUGGUUUCACAAGAAUUGUGAUCUUUUAUGAUCGAGAUUUCUACUGAAAGAUAUUUGGGAGUGUGGUCAAAAGCUUUAAAAAAAAAAAGAAAAAGCUUUCUGUGUUAAUUGUAGACACCCCUGGUACUAAAUGUUCACUUGUGAGAACCUGUCACCUCAAAAGCAUUUAACAUUGACUCAGUGUAGAUUUUAAGAGAGCUUUUUAGUUGACCAUCAGGUCCAUCAGAUAUAAGCAGAAAUGUUGGUGUAUACAGCAGAAGUAGACCCUUGUGGUAGUUUCUGUACACGCUGGGCAAAUAUACAAACUCAUGAGCAAUAAGAGAGCACUAGGAUCCUUCACAGGUCAUCAAACAGAAGAUCUAAACCAAAAGAUGUUUUAUUUCUGCAGGGUUGGGUCCUUGUAGUGUGUAGUAAUGGUGCGAAAUAUUAGGAAGAGCUUCUGUGAAUAUGUUUCUGAAAGAGGGCACAAAACACUUAGCUUGCUGGAUUCCUGCUUUUUUUCCAAGUAGAAUAGCCACUGUGUCUCAUUUUCACUCCAUCAGUGUGUCUGGUGUUCAUUGCACCAUCAUGGGAAAAAUAAAUAGUCCUGUAAUUUGGUGGCUUUGCAGCAACCCUUUGGGCACCAAGAGGGCGAAACUCUGGUUCUGUUGAAGGUACUGACAAACGUCUCGACUUCUUUCGUGGAGCUGAAGAAAGAUGGGGAUGUACAUAAAGCCUUCCUCCACUUGGAGCUCAGAGACAUGAACGCAACACACAUCAGUCCACAAAGCCACCCUGGACCAGAGUGGCCAACCCAGACAGCUGUGGCUUUCAGAGUAAUGAUCAUUACUGUGACCUGCAUUAAUGGCUUUUUGGUUAAAUUAUCCAGGCUUUUGUUUUCUAAUUUAUUCUGCAGUCUACAUGCUGAGAUUUGCAGAAUAAAUGAACAUUAGUUUUAUUAAUUAACCCCCUCUAACAUACUUGAGUAUCUGCCAUAUCAAAGGACAGCAGCAAUAGAAAUGUAUGACCAGACAAACUAUUAUUAGAUGUAAAGAUUCUCUGUUAAAAGUUGUAAAAAAAAAUUGCCAAGUUUAACUUUUUUGUUUCCUUUUACUCAAGUAACAGGUACAUACUUCUGAUCAACAUUUCCAUCUUUUGCAAUACCAUCCACUAUGUACAGAUAUUAUUUCCCUUAAAACACGGAAGUCACAUCAAAAUGUGUAAUUUUAGGACUAUAAAUAUAAUUAACAUUUUUGGGGUUUUUUUGGUUUUUUUUUUAGUCCGGACUUGUGCUAUAAUAUGAGAUUAAUCCUCAUAUGUCAGCAUUAGACUUUAAGCUAAAGAGGCUAGUUAGUGCCACUAACUCUGUAUUUCAUUUGCAUUUCAGUUCAAGCACUGUGAGAGCAUGGCUACUACAAGAUGUAUGAAAGUGUAAAUAAUUUUUAGGGUUAGCCAGUCCAGGGACUCACACACACAGGUUUAAUUUAUUUUCUUUUUCAGUGUUUUCAUUCUGGCUAGGUUCUCAUCUAAUUUCUAUUUUUAUAUACGUCCAAAAAAACAGAGUGAGAUUGUUGCUUAUCAGCUCCAGUGUGAGAAAGAUAUAAGACAGAUGUGCAAAUAUUACAUAUUAAAGUCAUGCUGUUAGAGAGGCAGGCUGUUUAACUGAGUACAUCAGUAUUAUAUGUUCGGACUUCAUGACUGUGUACAAAAUUAUCAUAUGUUUUCCUCUGAUCUAGUAAAAGCGUCUGUGUUAUCAUUAUUAGUUUUUGCCUGUACAGUUAUUUUGGCAUGGCUGAACAGAGAGUGGACUAACACAAACAUAUGCAUGAACACGACAGCUGUUUCUUAAGGCAAUUUCAUUUUAUGAUUUGUGCAUUUUUUUUUUUCUGUCUAAAUAUCUAAAAUAUACUAUGAAUCUGUGAUUUCCAUAUUGAAAUUUUUAGCAUAAUUAUAUAUAUCUAGAUAUCUAUAGAUAUCUAGAUAUAUAUAUAUAUAGAGAGAGAGAUUUCCUAUAUAACCCUAUAAAAGUUUAUAGUUGGUGAAAUUUUGAACAUCCAGUUUGACCUGUGAUUAUUGUUUAGUUUUCAGCUCAUUUUCUCUCAGCAGAGAGUUGACCUCUCACUGCCUGUCCCUGUAUAGUUCAAGCUUUGAUGCAGUUUGUUUUACGAGACAAAAGCGACAACUUUAGAAAUAUAAUAAACAGAAUAAUCAACUUG